GAGGAAGCUACGAACUGCCGGCCUAUAAAUUCGCAAGCUCUCCAACGGAAUUAACCACCAGAGUAGGGGCAUCGAUCGCUAACCAGCGAGACCAGCAAGCAAGCGAGCCAUGGCAGCGACCUCCUCCUCCUACGUCGUUGCGGUCGUUCUCCUCUGGCUGCUCGCCGCCAAUGGCUGCUGCAGCUGCCCUGCACCUGCCCCCACACCUACACCUACACCUGCCCCGGCCACCCCCAGCCCCGAUCCCGUUACACCUCCACCUGCGCCCGCUACCCCCAGCCCAGGCUCCGGCUCCGGCAGCGCCAACGGCUCCUCCGGCGGCUGGUUCGACGCCAGGGCCACCUGGUACGGUGCUCCGGAUGGCGCCGGGCCGUUGGACAAUGGUGGCGCGUGCGGGUUCAAGAACGUGAACCUGCCGCCGUUCAACGCCAUGACGUCGUGCGGAAACGAGCCCCUCUUCAAGGACGGCAAGGGAUGCGGCUCCUGCUACCAGAUAAGGUGCGAGGGCAAGGCUCACCCGGCGUGCUCCGGUGUCCCCGAGACGGUGAUCAUCACGGACAUGAACUACUAUCCGGUCGCCCGCUACCACUUCGACCUCAGCGGCACCGCCUUCGGCGCCAUGGCCAAGGAAGGCCGCAACGACGAGCUCCGCCACGCCGGCAUCAUCGACAUGCAGUUCAAGAGGGUGCCGUGCCAGUACGCGGGGCUGUCGGUGACGUUUCACGUGGAGAAGGGGUCGAACCCAAACUACCUGGCGAUACUGGUGGAGUACGGGAACGGCGACGGCGACGUGGCGCAGGUGGACCUCAUGGACGGCGGCGAGCCAACGGGGUCCUGGAGGCCGAUGAGGGAGUCCUGGGGCUCCAUCUGGCGCAUGGACACGCGCCGCCCGCUUCGGGGGCCCUUCUCCCUGCGGGUCACCAACGGGUCCGGCAGGUCGCUCGUCGCCGACCAGGUCAUCCCCGCCGACUGGCAGCCCGACACCGUGUACAGCUCCGACGUCCAGUUCGAUGAAUGAUCCCGUCCGAUGAUCCAUGGAAGGCAUGCACGUACGUCCAUGCCUGCAUGGAUUUUUUGUGCCAAGCUAUAUAGCUGAGACGUCGCCUGUGACUUCCGGUGCAAGUCCUCGUCGUGUGCUACCUAAGCUACAUAUGUACACGUAGUACAUAACAUACGUGGCAGCUUUAAUUAGUUUGUGGGAUCUGGAGUACGCAGCGAGUAGUAUAUAUUGCCCGCAGCUAUAAAUUUACGUUUGUAAUUUCUCCUGUAUUACACAAGUUUAUUAUGUCACUGGUGUGUAUA